CGCUGUGGCACCACCACCAGGUUCAACCACACUCACGACCACGUGGUGCUUACGUUGUGCUCCACACCUUGCAACUGCGCCAUUUUGCACUGUGUCGUCCGCGAAUUGGCAUUUUUAGCUUGCUCUCUUUGAACAGUUCCAGGACAGCCCCCCACAACGAACAACAUGAUGGACGUUGAAUUUGUUGGCGGCGGCAGCCACCAGACCGACAAGAUAUUCGGAGAUCAAGUUCAAGCUUUACGCCCCAAAACCCUGAAGCCGGCCACCGAAGGCGCUCUAGUGCGGCUCAUGCAAGAGCGCAGCGCGGAGAUGGUGCGCAUGCACACAAGUGAGAAAAAGGCAUGCCGCCUGUCGUUUGUCAAAGAAAAGCGAGGCGUGAGUGUGUUUGAAGGCACUAACCCGAGGAACCGGUUCAUGGUCAAGGGCGAAACCACCGUGCGGGCGUCAAUCGAGGACAUCCUGUGCAGCUUCCUCAUGGGCAGCACCUCAGAGUUUGACGCGACUUUGUACAAGUUGUUUGACUUGUAUGCCAACAAAGGCGCGACCUUGGCGUUUGUGACUAACCACCCCAUCUCGGUGCAUUGGAUGGCUUUGAACACGGACAAGUUGGAGACUAGGGACGUCGUGUUUGCGUCGACGGCGCAGCUGUACGAACAGACGACCGGUGGCAGCCUCGUGGGUAUGGACGACCGCAGCGACGGCAUAGUCACCGCCGGCUCGCUCGUGUGGGAGUCGGUCGACUUGGCGCGCGAGAUUCCCCUCCUUCGGCAGAAACUCACAGGCUAUGCGCGGUACUAUUUGCGGACGUGUGGGUUUUACGUCGAGCAGACCAACGACGCUGACAUCACCCGCGUGUCGUUCGUGUUGUCGGCUAAAAACGAAGCUGGGUACGUCCGCGACUCCAAGUGGAUGCAAAGCUUGGUGACAAUGUGCGUGGCCAACCUCGCGAGAACGCUGCGCAAGCUGGAGCUCGUACCCAAGCACUCGUGGAAAGAGAGCGAGCACUGCGUACUGUGUCGCAAGACAUUUCGCGCGUUCCGGCGGCGCCACCAUUGCCGCCUCUGCGGCAACUCGGUGUGCAGCGACUGUUCGAAAUCGAUAGCCGUGGACGGUCGACCCGUGGUGGACCAAGGCCAACUUGUGCACGUGUCCAGAGUACGCAGCUGCACCACAUGCUUUGAAACGUCCAGUGUGCGGGGUGCCUCGUCGAGCAGCCUGCGCAGUUCGUCUGAGUACAGCGCGUCAAAUCGUUCGAAUGCAACAAUGAGCUUUAAUGAACCCAAUGGAAGGUCAUCGAUGCGGUCGAAUGCGUCCACCACCAAGAGCAUUGACCACUCGCAAGGAUCAGACGUGGGGAGUAACCUUGUGCGAGGGACACAUUCAUCGUUUGCAAGCUCUUUCUCUGUCGAGCAACAGCACUCGUUGGACGAGCUCAUGGCCGCUACUGCGGCCCUCCAAGUUGCCACCACCGUGUCACAGCCACCGCCACCAGCCCCUCCAAGUCGCCACCCUGUCACAGCCAACGCUGCCGCCAACCCACCUCUAGCUCGACAAGACUUGAAGAACAAGUCGGCAUUCUUUGCCCUGCGAAGUGACGAGGGCCAUUUCCAUUAUCAAGAACAAGCCCAAGGAAGUCCAUCCCGUGACAGUUACAACACAUUAGACGAUCGCUCGUCAGCAUCCUCGUCAGUCGUGUACGACAUGGACGGCACCAACGGAUUUGACAUCACGGGGCUGUGCUCACGUGACAGGCUACAACCAGACCCCGAGCCAGCUGCGUUCUCGCAAUUCAAAGUGCUCGACGACGCGAUUCCGCCUCCUGCGUGGCGCCCGUUGGCUGUUUGUAAUACUAGCACAGCGUCGUCGUCCUCUGGAUUAGGCGGUGGCAAGCCGGUCAACAUGCGGGGCGACAUGAUUUUACUCGAGUAAAACCACAACCAUAACGUUGCGCAACACCCUCCUUUGUUGCAUACUACAGUUGUCCUCCAAGGUUUGCUCCCUGGUCAAAACGAACGAAAUUCCCGUAUAAAACAAUACCAUAUAAACUUUU